AUGUCCAUGUCUACAUUCUUGCAGAAAUCGCUUGCACUCUCAUUAGUACUAUGGCUGCCCAUCUGCACCCAAGCCCAUAUGCAGAUGAGUUGGCCAUACCCCCUCCGAAGUCCCCUCGACCCGGAUGUCUUGGUCGAUGACAAAGACUACGAUAUGACGAACCCCCUCCUUCCAGACGGCUCUAACUUUCCCUGCAAGAACUACCAGAACUACACCGGAGGCUAUGUGACGAAGGCAACCUACCUAUCCGGUGGUACGUACGACAUGUGGCUGAACGGCACAGCAGACCAUGAUGGCGGCUCUUGCCAGCUCUCCUUGUCAUACGACAACGGACAGACCUUCAAAGUGAUCAAGUCGAUGAUCGGUGGAUGUCCACUCAUGCACAACUACAACUUCACGAUCCCCGAGUUCGCGCCUCCGUCGGAUUCGGCUCUGCUUUCCUGGUCUUGGUUCAACCUGGUGGGAAACCGCGAAAUGUACCAGAAUUGUGCACGCGUCAAGAUCAUCGCGGCACCGAACCAGAGGUAUCGACGUGGCUCUCUUUAUAGGCGUCAGGCUUCUUCCUUGGACCAGUUGCCCAAUAUGUUUGUGUGCAACGUCAACAACGGCUGCCAGACUAUCGAGCAGCGAGAAGUCAUCUUCCCGGAUCCUGGAGACCAAGUUGUCUAUGGCCAGGAUGCUAUCACUCCCGACCCAGGACCCGGCUACAUUAUUGCUGCUGCUUCGACCACUUCCGUCUCGUCCACAGAUCCGUCGUCGACAACUACUUACAGUCUGGCUCCGAUUACUCUCCGCUCAACUACCUCUGAUGUACCGUCGGGUACUUCGACAUCCGCAAGCGUGGAUCUCCCAGCCUCAACGAGUACUAUAGCCGGUCAAGAGUCUGUGGUAUCAUCCACGACGGACUUCAACCUGGUACCUACUCAAUCCGUAAGCAGCUUCAGUACUUCGGAUCUGAGUGCUACGCCUAGUACAUCGACAUCAUCUGAAACGGGAACGACUCCAGCUGACAGCGCAAAUAUUAACCCCACUAGUUCCGUUGACAUAUCUACCACGUUUCCAGGCACCAGUUCUGUGUCGAUUACUUCGGACACGUUACCGUCCACGACAAGCGCAGUCAUGACCAGUGUGUAUCUGUCAACUACUUUAUCGAGCACGUCAACCGGCGAUCCUCCUGCUGCGUCAACGACAGAAUCGCCGACAAGCUUCUCUUCGUCUACGCUGAGUUCAACGACGACCACCAGUUCUGACGCAAUGUUCUUUCCGAGUACUUUCAGCACUGUAUUGACGAGCACGAGCAUGAAGAUGGGCACCAGCACGACUGUCCAGACCUCGUUUCCCGUUCUAAACAUGACUGUCACUGUCUUGCCUUUACCAGCCACAUCAGGGACUAGUUUCGUGGGUAGCAGUCUUCCAGACAGUGUCUCCUAUUCCGCUUCCAUCAGCUCCACGACGACGACUACUACUAGAGGGAUAACGCCGACGACCGUGCCGACGGAUUUUACGACCUUCAUCACGACCAUAGACGCAAUCCCAGCGACCUCCACGACCGCUUUCGUACUGUCGACGCCAUCAAUAACAUUUACAACCCUCUAUACAACCAUCCCUACCACUUCAACGACACCGACCACCACGCCGUUGACAAGCAUAGCCAACGUACCUUUGAGCUCAAGCCCACCGUCGACCCCGACUUCGGCACUCUCGACCCCGACGCGGCCAGCUACCGCCUCUUCAUCUUCAGCCUCUCCAAUAUCUACGGCCCUCCCUCUACCAUGCGCCCCCGGAACCUUCGCAUGCAACACGGCAUGGUCGUUCUCGCAAUGCGUCGCGUCCGCCACGGGGCCGACCUACAUCUUCAUGGGCGCCGUCGCGGCCGGCAUGACGUGCAGGGACGGGCGAAUCAUCCGCCAGAACGCCGGAGCCUGCACGCCCAACGGCCAGCUGAGAUGUAAUGGCGCGGGGGCAUUUUAUCUGUGCGAUCAGGGCGGGCUCGUGGAUAUGGGCCCCGUGGCGCCGGGGACGGCGUGUAGGGAUGGGGUUAUUGGCUUUGCUUGA